CUUUUUUCAACUCUCAUUUUGUGUUACGGCCAUUCACGAACUGCAGUGAUCUGAUGUUGCGAAAUGGAUUGGCCAGUGGAUCAACGGUACUCAGAGUCCUGGAUAGGUUCCCGUGCUAGUCCUGUCAUCCGGGAUGUGCUGGUGUUGGUUCCAGGUGGCAGGAGGAGUACCUAGGUAGCCGUGCAUUGAUUUGCAUGGCAUGGCAUGGCACUUGUGAGGUGUCAAUCAUGCCGCAUGCCCCAAGAUGGAUUGAUUCAUCCUUCUUGCUAGGUAGGAAGCUCUACGUCCAAGUUUCAAGUUUCAAGUUUCCAGUUGUUCACCCCGUUCAAGUCUACUGGACCUGUUGUUGUUUGACGAUGGCAGUUUGAGAAGGAAGACGUCUCUACCUAUCUACCUGCUGAUCAGAGUUCAACAAACAGUGGUCCGUCCAGUGUUCAUCCAAACUGCGGUGCAUUGGAGAAGAGAAGCCGACCCUGAUCUGUAUCUCCAUCUCCGGGAGUUGAAUCGAGCCGAAUCGAUCCAACUUGAGUCUAUCGUCUAUCAUCAUGGCUACCGAAGUCGUGGCCACACAAACACCUGCCACUACCGUCCUCGCACCGGCCAGCGGAAUCAAACCUUCCGACCUUACAAGCGUUUCCGAGUCCGCCGUUCCCAGCACCACUGACAAUGCCCACGUUUCAUCAGAUGAGGGGAGUCUUGAUGUCGACAUCGAAUCAGUCACGGCGUUCGCAUCAUUGAUCCGGUUUCAUCGCCGCAUCACCUUCUACAGCGACAGUGUGCAGUGCACCAUCAACGUCACGUACGGUGUUGCUGGAGUUAUAGAGCGAAAUGCUCCGACGCUCUUGUUCGCCGGGGGCAUGUAUGGCGGACGGUGGAAUGCGCCUUGGGUCGAUUAUCUCUGUCGCCAGAAGGGGGUGCGGGUGAUCUUCAUUGAUAGACCAGGCCUAGGCGGCUCUACACCCGUGCACGUCUCCAAACGCGUCCCCGUCUGGCUCGAAACCGUGCCAAAAGUCCUCUCAGCAUUGGAAGUCUCCCAAGUCGGCCUGAUCGCCCACAGCUGCGGCAUCAUCUACGCAUUCAACACUGUCUACCAUACUCCGGAACUCUUGUCCCCAGGAAUGCCAUUGGUCUUGCUAUCUCCAUGGGUCCACCCGAGCAAAUCGGGUGUGAAAAUGCUCACCAUCGCCAGCGCCAUGCCUGCGGGGGUGAUGCAGGGAUUGAAUAAAGUCACUUCGUUCCUCGUCAAGAAUUUGAUUCCGUCACCUGGUGAUAAAGAGGGCAAAAAUAAAACGAAAGAGCAUCAAAAGCAAAAAGACCACCAACAGCAACAGCAACAGCGCAAACAACCAACCAAUAAGACUCUCUCUGCUGAAGACAAGAAAUGGCUCGAGUCUACCGGAUUCGUGGCGAGCGAAACGGAGGAGUUUCGGAAUUACUUUAUCAAAAUGUUUUUCGCGGAAGAUACCACGGGAGCCAGUGAAGAAGCUUCUCUCGGGUUGAAGCAUGGUGGAGGAAAGCCAGGACAGGGGCAUUACUGGGGUGUUUGUGAUGACUAUGAGAGGUUCGUGGCGAGGCUGGCUGAGAAAGCAAAGGGACAGACACAAACGAAGGAGAAUGAGACGAAGGACGAAGAGAAGAAGGAAAAGUUGCACAUUGUGGCAUAUUUCGGAUCCAAGGACUCGUAUCUCGGGUCUGGCGGUCAAAAAUAUCUUCGUGAUGUGUGGUCGAGUCCUCUUGCCAGACAGGUCGCGGACUUUGAAAUUGAAGAAGUCAAAGGUUUGGAUCAUGAUGGUGUCGCGUUGCCGGAGAAUGGUGUCCUGGGUAGAGUUUUGGAUAUGGCUGUUGCGGCUGCCGUGUCGACGGGUCCGAAACCGUGAUGUUUCUUGAUUUAAAUUGAUUGGUUUGCGCAGGACUCGGAGUAGAUAUUCUUAGGUAGAAGAAGUACAUAAACAGGUGGUUUAUAAAUGUGUGGUUGGUUCUUUUUGGGAAUGGAUGCUGUUCUGUCAUCAUGUAUGUCGAUUCUUCGCUCUAUGGUGCAGUUACUAUUACUGUACUGUAUUUUAUAGACCAUCAGGAGGAACGCUGGCAGCUCAAAUGAAUGGACACUGCUACGCAAAAGAAAGAAGACAUGCGUGAUGGUGCUAGCAGUUGCCCAUACCAGGCCACGACCACGCUCACGGCCAAUCUAGUUAGCUGUGUCUUGUCUUUCAAGUU